AUGGCGUUGGGCAUACUUAAAUACUGUGUGCUACUGGCAGAUGGAUCCGCCAUUUCCUCCUCUCAUUCCCAGGAGCUGGGAGAACUGCAGCAUCUCUUCAUUGCGUGUCCUGAAAGAGGAUUGUUUCUUCCGGAGGAGAAAAAACAUGGGAACGUUUUUGCCAGCAUCCGCAGUGUCAUGCAGAAAUACCUCGAGGAAAGGGGUGAAUUAACCUUUGACAAGAUCUUCCAUCAGAAAAUCGGAUUUUUGCUCUUUAAAGACUAUUGCAUGAACGAAAUCGAUGAAGCCGUCCCUCAGCUGAAGUUCUAUGAAGAGAUCAAAGAGUACGAGAAGCUGGACUCCGAGGAGGAGCGUCUGAGCAGGAGCCGCCAGAUCUACGACACGUACAUCAUGAAGGAGCUGCUCUCCUGCUCCCACCCUUUCUCCAAACAAGCUGUAGAUCACGUACAAACACAUUUAUCCAAGAAGCAAGUGCCAGCCAGCCUUUUCCAGCCAUAUAUAGAAGAAAUCUGCGAUAGCCUCCGAGGGAAAAUAUUCCACAAAUUCAUGGAAAGUGACAAGUUUACUAGAUUCUGUCAAUGGAAAAAUGUAGAGCUAAAUAUUCAUCUGACCAUGAAUGACUUUAGUGUACAUAGAAUAAUUGGAAGAGGGGGAUUUGGUGAAGUGUACGGUUGCAGAAAAGCAGACACUGGAAAAAUGUAUGCAAUGAAAUGUUUAGAUAAGAAGAGAAUCAAGAUGAAGCAAGGAGAAACAUUAGCCUUAAAUGAAAGAAUUAUGCUGUCUCUUGUCAGUACGGGACAGUUCACCUGUGUGAGAUGGGAGAGUUAACCCUCACCCUGAGCCCUCCCCACUGAUUCCAGCAGUGUGGCUGAAGUCAGAACGGAUUUACUUGCUUGCUGCUCAGGUACAGAGCCUCGAGGAGGUUCCCAUUACUCUGCUCAUUCUCUCUCUCACUUAAUCCUCUCAAUGUAUCUCUCAAUGUAAUACUCAUCUUUCACGUAUUCGUACUUGAAAUAUUCCCAGCACGUUAUUCUGCCUUGUAAACGGCAUUUCCUUUUCUGCUGUGGUUACAGAAUGGAGAACACGAGGUGCUCUUCCGGAGAAAAAAACUUCAUUUAUAGUUCUCCCUCCUUUCCCUGUGACUGCAGUGUUAUCUGAUGGCCAUUUAAUUGUUUUAUUUACAUGGGCUGUGUUGCUGUAGAGGUGUAAAAGUAAGCCUGCCCAUCUAGCUACGAGCCUCUGUAAAAUGAACUGUGCUGAGAGCAGGCUUCAGGGUGCCAGAACCUUCCAGCAUGCUGUCCUCGUUAGGCAGAACUGCAAUCAGCUUGUAUCACCAUGGUUACGUGUGAUGUUUUUAAAAAGGUUAAUUUUCCUCAUAACGGUUGUGUAUGAAUUCAGCUUGGUUCUCAGUUCAGUGUAAAUACAGCCCCUUUUUGCAGCCUGGUUGAAGGAAGGAACGAGGUGGAACUGCGUGUGACUCUGUUGUGGACUUGCAGGACAGGAGGUGUGCAAACCCCGUGGUGCCUGCAGUGCAAGACUGCUGCUGGAGCUCGCAAGACAGCACGGAGGAAAUGCUCUGAGAUGAGAUGUGUAUUUUGUGGAGAUUAUGUAAAUCCUGAUUUGGGCUCUGCGUUAUCC